AUGGUUGCCCCGCAGAGUUUUGUCUACAAUAUCUCCCCCAGCCGGGUUGUCUUUGGGAGUGGAAAGCUCCGAGCACUGCCCGGGGAGAUGGCGAGGCGUGAGUUGCGCUCCCCAUUGAUCCUGACUACUCCUGGACAGAUCCACCAAGGCGAGAUAGUCAAGGUUACUUUAGGCGCUGGACACAUGUUUACCGAGGCGACUAUGCACACCCCAACAAGCGUCACUGAGAGGGCCCUGGCGUAUGCGAAGUCCGUCCUCGCCGACUCGAUUGUUUCUAUUGGCGGAGGGAGCACUAUUGGACUCGGCAAGGCUAUCAGCAUUCGCACCGGGCUGCCCCACAUCUGCAUCCCGACAACAUAUUCUGGCUCAGAGAUGACGCCCAUUCUCGGCGAGUCGGCUGACGGAAUCAAGAAGACGAGGAGUGACCCCAAGAUUCUUCCCGGGACAGUCAUUUACGAUGUAGAUCUGACUAUGACUCUUCCGGUUGGCUUGAGUGCCACUAGCGGCAUGAACGCAAUCGCCCACGCAGCGGAGGCGUUGUAUGCUCACGACUCGAACCCAAUCAUCUCCCUGCUCGCCGUUGAAGGUAUCAAGUCCCUUGCAGAAUCUCUCCCUGCCAUCAUGGACUCGCCAACAGACCUGAAUGCCCGAUCUACGGCGCAGUACGGCGCCUGGCUUUGCGGACUCUGUCUUGGGUCCGUUGGUAUGGCUCUCCACCACAAACUCUGUCACGUCUUGGGCGGGAGUUUCAACCUGCCUCACGCUGAGACGCACGCUGUUGUACUGCCCCAUUCUUUGGCAUACAAUGCUCCAAAUAUUCCGGAGGUUAUGAAGAAGCUGGCGGAUGUGCUCCCAGGCAGUAAUGGCGAUGCUGUCCAGGGACUCAACCUUCUUUUAAAGCGCCUGAAAUUGCAACGUGGAUUGCAAGAUUUCGGGUUCAAGGACGAAGACAUCGAUAAGGCGGCUGGUAUUGCAGUUAGUAAUCCUUAUUCUAACCCACGUUCAAUCGAAAGGCCUCUUAUUAGAGAGUUGAUUAGAAGAGCGUACGCCGGUGAGGAUGCAAGAGUAGAUAUGUGA